GUCUGGACCUAGCUGGAAAGCAAAGUAAAAGUUUCAAGAUGAAAUACUUAGCUCUCGUUGUAGCGCUCGUUAUUGUCAGUUACAUUCAUCUAUCAGAAUGUCAAUCAGAGUUAACGGAGGAUAUACCCAAAUUUCGAUCGCUAAUGUUGGCUGUGCCCACUUUUAAAGCGGUACUCUUGGGGCUAGGUGUUUUUAAACGUGUUCGUGGUGUCGCACAGGAGUUCCUUAAAAUUUUAAAUAAGUUUCUUCAAGAAGGCGAUUGGGCGCCAUUGAUUACGGAUUUAGUGGAGAUGAUAAAAGUUUCAACGAACAUCAUUACCGUUUGUCUUAGUGAAAAUUUAUUGAAAUGCGUCAGGGUGAAAUAUGAAGGAGUUAAGUCGCUGAUUUCCCUGACAAUACAAAUAACUACGAAAAUUAAAGGAAUUUGCGCAUCGGGAUGUGAAAAUGAAACAACAAGCAUCCUUUCAAAAUACGUUAAUAUUUUUAACACGAUUUCCCAAAAAAUGUCUACAACUAAGGAAAGUUAAUUUAUACACUUAUAUAUACAUAAUUAAAAUUAAACAAGUAAGAUUUGUGUAGUCGAGUCAGCUCGACUUCGAUAUACCCUGAACCCAGCUGUUAAAUAUAUUCUAAAAUUAUUGCCAAAUA